CUUCCGUCCUGGUCCGGAAAAUAGUUCUGUGCGGCUGUGGAGUUCAGCGAUCAGGGCUAAGGAACUGAUGAGUGACGAGUGACGCUCCGGCACCUUUUUGUCUCUCGGAUCAGGAUGGAUUUCCCCAGCUCCCUGCGCCCCUCAUUGUUUAUGACUGGUCCUCUUGGCAUGACUGAGGGCCCUGACCUGUCCUUCAUGUGCAGCUGGAGAGAUGCACUCACCAUGCCUGGGUCUCAGCCCCCGGACUGCAAGGACCGGACAGUGCCAUUGGUCAAGAACCUGCUGUGGGAGCCAACGACACCAGGACCCCUCCCCCUGCUGCCUCCUGAUCCUGAUCCCUGGGAACCUGGCAUGACCCCUCGGGACCUCCUUUUCCGGGGAGGUCACCGCUGCCAGUUCCUACCUCAAGUUGGGCUGGAUGUCACUGAGCAGGUGAGUGGUCCCUGGGUGGGAUUGUGCUGCACAGCCUGGGCUGUGCUGAGUGACACAGCCAUUCCCCCACAGCUCAGCCGCUUCCUGUGGGACCAUGGGGACAUAGCCUUCGCACCCCUGGGAAGGCUCAUGCUGGAGAACUUCAGAUUGGAGGGAAACAAGGGCUACUCAAAAAAGAUGACCAUAGUCAGCGUGAAGGGGCUGCUUCAGGACCUCGGUGGACACCAGCCCUGGGGGUGUCCUUGGGCUUUCCUUAGCCGGCGGCUCCGUCGCUUCUCCAUCCUUGGGGGUCCUGUCCUGAGCAGGUCAGUGUCCGUGCUUCUGGGCAGGCUGCUGCAUGAAGAGCUGGCUCUGCGGUGGGAGCAGUUGCUGCUGGAUGAGGCCUUCACUGGGGGUGCCUUGGCCUGGCUCCCUGGAAGGACAGCCCGGGUUGGACAGCUGGUCUACCCUAGUGGAGGUGCCCUGGACAAGCUGUAUUUCCAGGAGGUCAGUGUGAACUCAAGUGGCAAUCCCCGGGUCUUUGAGGACCCUGGGCAUAUCCAGCUGCGGGGACCUGUACGGCAGGUGGUGACCAGCACUGUCCAGGGAGAAACAUUCCUGGCCGUCCGCUCUGACUACCAUUGUGCCAUGUGGAAGACUGAUAAGCAAGGGCCGCCAGCACCCCUGAAGGUGCUGCAGGUGGAAAAGGGGGCCACUGGUGUUAGCCUCAGCCCUCACCUGCCAGGAGAGAUGGCUAUCUGCAGCCGUUCUGGAACUGUAUGUCUGUGGACCCCACAGGAUGGGCUGCAGCUAGUCUACAAGGACCCUGAGACGCUUGCCUUCCGUGAUCCUUCUCCCUGGCGCUGGGCAGAUUUCACUGCCCACCCCCGGGUGCUGACCGUGGGUGACCGCACAGGUGUGAAGAUGGUUGAUAUUCAGGGAUCCCCAGGCUGUGGGCUGCUGCUGUUCCGUGCUGGAGCAGAGGCCGCUUGCCAGAAAGGAGAGCGGGUGCUGCUUGCCCAGUACCUUGGGCAGCCGGGUCCCGCCUGCACUCCUCUGCAUCUCAUCUGCACCCAGUUCUCGAUCUACCUGAUGGAUGAGCGCCUACCCAUGGUGCCAAUGCUCAAGUGGGACCAUGGACUGCCAUCUUCUCCCCUGUUUGCUCGCCUGCUACCCCCAGCUAGCCCUGGAUUCCCACGGCCCCUGCUACUGGGGGGCCAGGGUGGACAACUUCAGCUGCUGCAUAUAGCAGGAGAGGGCCCUUCCAUGCCCCAGCUAGCAGGGCCGCCUCAGUCUCUGCCCUCCAUCGUCGACUCCCUUUCCGCCUUUCCCCCACUGGAACCCAGGAGGCAGCAGCAGCUGCAGGAGCGUCUGGAGGCACCAGUCAUAGGUCUGGCUGCUGCCCCACCCUGUGCCUCUGUCCCUGCGCUGCUGCUCUUCCAGCUCUCGGCAGCUGGAGACAUCUUUUACCAGCACCUACGCCUCCAGUCAGCCUCCAGUCUUGGAGAAGGAUCACCUGAUCACCCAGCAACAGAGGGCCCUGCACCCAAGGCAACAGCACCUAUGGAUCAGUCCUCUUGGACCCCUCAGGCCAGUGUCCGCUGCAGCCGCUGGGCAGAAGCCCUGAUGGAGCUGUCCCCUACUUGUCCAGUGUGGGCUGCCCCCACCUUUUCCCACCGUCGUUUUCUGGGCCACAUGGAGCAGCAGAAAAGCCAGCCCAUGUCACAGAAGCUCCGAGCAGCCAUGGCCAAAGGACAGCUCUUGCGACCUGAGGAUCUGGGCACACUCCCCAGGGCAGAGUCGCCCCCUGCACCUCAGUGCAGCCAGCAGGAUGAGCUCACUGAGCGCUUGGCAGAAGCCUGGGAAAAUGGGAUAGCUGCCUGGUGGAAAGGGCACCGAGGUCAGACCUCGGGGUCCAAGACACAGACCAAGCGGCCUAAGCGCCGGACUCAGCUGUCUAGCACCUUUUCCUCACUCACAAGCUACUUGGACAUCCCAGAUACCAGCAGCCCCUCUUGUAGCCAAAACCUUUCUACCUCAGAGGCCGGGCCUCAGCCCCCAGGGACCCAGCCUUCCCAGGAGUUGACACAGGAGCUGUGGACGGAAAGUGUGCAGCAUGAAUGUCAACAGACACUCCAGGACUACACGGCCAAGCUGCCACUUCAGAAGGACACUCCAGGACCUGUGGCUACACCUCCUUCCCAGGCUUCCAGCCUCCGGGCCAUGCCUUUGAGGCGGCAGGCACCUGUCCUGUCUGGCUCCCAUCCUCCCCGGAAGAAGUCACGGAUGGGCUUCUGAGUGUGGACAGCCAUGCCUGAAAACCUAGCCCUCCUUGCACUGAACUCAACCAGUAUGGUCUCCAGGGCAGAUCCUCUACCUCUCAACGACAGUGUGCCCAGCUGAAGGAAUGGGGAACAAGUCUGUUUUGUGUGUUUGAUGGCAGGUUAUUCCAGAGCUCUGGCCGCAGAGGCUCCCUCGGGGUCACCUAUCCCUCUGGGGACUCAUCCAGUGUGGGCUGCCCCCACCUUCUCCCACUGCUGUCUUUAGGACUCAGUGGAACAGCAGCAGACUGGCCAGUUACACCUCCCAGGGCCCCCUGCAUCUCAGUGCAGUGGAGCUGAUGGAAGUAGAGCCCUUGUGUCAGUCUUAGCCUCCUGGCCUCAAAGACAAUGGUGUUGGGGGCUGAGGUGGCCCGAUGUGGGUCAGCAGCUACUGUUGUGGGCUGUUUGUGACAGUCCACAUGGGCUCUGUAGGAGUUGAUGCCUUGACUCUGGCUUAGAGACUGAAUAAACCCAUCCACUAUCCAGGAGCUGGAUGUCAUAUGA